GCUGUCACUCAGCUGCUGCUCCAGCCCUUUACACUUCAGGAAGCACGGACAUGGAUUGGCGGUCGGUUGACCCACAUCACAGCUGAGCCACAGGGCACACACUCACACACACUCACACACACUUGUACACUCUCUCUCACACACACACACACACACACACUCACUCAGGGAACAGGGUGAAGAUGGAGGACGUAUGGGCCGGAGCCCUCUGGGCACUGAGGGUCUGGCUGUACCUCAUUGUCGGCCUCAUCAUGAUUCCAGCCAUGUUUGGCUUCUCACUGGGCAUUUCUGAAACAUAUAUGAACAUUCUUGUCAAAACACUAGAGUGGGCCACUCUGAAGAUACAGAGGGUGAACACAGUUGAACGGACACGGAACGCCUCCGCAUCAAACAGUCUUAUACAGAGGGGAAAUGGCUCCAUGGAGAAAGAGUUGGGGGAACUCAGACGCAGUCGUCCCAAGCCACCAGUCGGUGGUGAUUUUACAUUCAGUGACUGUUUUUAUUUCACUCGAAAAGGAAUUGAGAGCAUUGUAGAGGAUGAGGUGACGCAGCGUUUCACGUCCGAGGAACUGGUGUCCUGGAACUUACUAACUCGCACCAACGAUUUCCAGUACAUCAGCCUGAAGCUGACACUGGUUUACGGCCUUGGCAUCUUUGUGAGAUACUGCAUCCUUGCCCCACUCAGGAUAACACUGGCACUUAUUGGCCUAAGCUGGUUGGUCAUAGGAACAUCGGCAGUGGGAUUUCUUCCAAACUCAAGUGUUAAGUCGUGGCUCAGUGAAUGGGUCCAUGUGAUGUGCUACAGAAUCUGUGCUCGAGGACUCUCUGCCACUAUUCACUAUCACAACAGGGAAAACAUACCUAAAAAAGGGGGAAUCUGUGUUGCCAAUCACACCUCUCCUAUCGAUGUUGUGAUUCUCUGCAACGAUGCAUGCUAUGCCAUGGUGGGACAAAUCCAUGGAGGCUUGAUGGGAGUUUUGCAGAGAGCCAUGGUGAGGUCCUGUCCUCAUGUCUGGUUUGAGAGAGCAGAGAUGAAGGAUCGCCACCUAGUGACCAAAAGGUUGACGGAUCAUGUGAAUGACAAGACAAAGCUUCCCAUAUUAAUAUUUCCAGAGGGGACCUGUGUCAACAACACAUCUGUUAUGAUGUUUAAAAAAGGGAGUUUUGAAAUAGGAGCAACAAUAUAUCCAGUAGCCAUUAAGUAUGACCCAAAGUUUGGAGAUGCUUUCUGGAACAGUUCCAAAUACAGCAUGGUCAGUUACCUGCUGAGGAUGAUGACCAGCUGGGCCCUUGUCUGUAAUGUCUGGUACCUGCCAGCCAUGCAUCAACAGGUGGGGGAAGACGCUGUCCAGUUUGCCAACAGAGUGAAGUCAGCCAUCGCUCACCAGGGGGGACUUUUAGAUCUUCAAUGGGACGGCGGCCUGAAGAGAGCAAAGGUGAAGGAGACGUUUAAAGAGCAGCAGCAGAAGGAGUACAGCAGCAUGGUGGUGGGAGACGACAGCAACAGCGACUGAGAUGCCAUGAGUUUCCACGGUGAUGGACGAGCUGGGUUUUUUGGACGGUUCACACUACAAAGAGGCCUCUUUCUUAGCUGGACAGAGUGUGGGAUACAGCACUGUCAAAUGUGCACAUGUGCAAUAUUAACCUUUGACAGAAUGACUACGAUAAAGAGACAGUUCUUUGUUUUACUGCUGUGAGAGAUAUUGACAAUGUGAUUGUGUGUUAUUGCCGAGACAAAAAAAAAUAUGUGAUUGCAGAUGUCAUUGGAAUCAUGAAUGUCAUAAUGGUCAGUCAGUUGACUCGUUCAUUAGCUGCUUCUUGUUGUUUUUUUAAGUAAAAUUAAAUUUACAAAUGAUAUAUUCAUGGUUUGAUUACACAA